CCCAGAUCCCGGAAGUGCCCCUGCUCCAGUUUUGGCGCCGACCCUGGGACACGAGGUCUGAACAAGGUGCUGCUCUGUGGGUUCCUGGACCCCCGAGGUGGGACAUUCGCGAGUCUCAGCUCCGUGGCUGAUGGAGAGACUUUCCUCCUAGAGCUGGAUGAGAGGGUUUCUUGACCCUUGCAUCCGGGACCCCAAGGGCUGCUGCUGAGGAGGAAAACAGGUUUGGAGCAGGCCUACAGACUGCACUGAAAGAUCCAGGGGAGCCACAAGUGCCUAAGAAGAGCUGUGAAAUAUCCUGCAGCCUUGGAUGCUUAUUGCUCAGACUGAGAGUGAAAUACAAGAGGAAGACGGUUGGUGGCAGAACUAUUGACUAUGCAGACACUGGAAUCAGUGACCUUCAAUGAUGUAGCUAUAGACUUUGAUGCAGAAGAGUGGGCCUUGAUGGACACAACCCAGAGAAACCUGUUCAGACAUGUUAUGCUGGAGAAUAUCAAUCAUCUGGUGUCAGUGGUAGGGUAUCAGCUCUGCAAAUCAGAAGUGGUUUCCCAGUUGGAACAAGGAGAGGAAUUGUGGAGAGAAGGAUUAGGAUUUCUCCAAGGACAGAGAACAAGCAGAGAAAAUGAUUAUAGAAUAGAAGAAAUGAUAUCCAUGCCACAUAUCUGCAAUAAGGAAAAAUAUAUUACCCAGUCAAAGCAGCAGAUUUCUAACACUGGAGAGGAUCCCUUUGAAAGUAAUGAUUUGGGAGAAGAUUUAAUUCAGUCCACCUUGACUGACAUGGAAACAAAGCUCUAUCUAAAUGAACAAUUUAAAACUAUCAAUUACCAGUCAUUCUUUAGUAGACACAACCAAAUUCAGACUGGAUGUAAUUCAUAUGUCUAUAAUAUAUGUGGAAAUGCCUUUGUAAAUAUUUUUGUCUUUGGAGAGUAUGAGACAACUUGCACUGGAGCAAAACCAUAUGUCUGCCAUCUAUGUGGGAAAUCUUUCAGUCAAUAUUUUAACCUUGAGGACCAUGAGAGAACUCACACUAGGGAGAAAGCAUAUGUCUGCUAUCAAUGUGGGAAAAUCUUCACUCAUAAUUUUAAGCUCAGAGUACACAUGAGAAUUCACACUGGGGAGAAACCAUAUGCCUGCCAUCUAUGUGGGAAAUCCUUCAGUCAAUGUCGUGGCCUUAGGGAACAUGAGAGAACUCACACUGGGGAGACACCAUAUGUCUGCCAUAUAUGUGGGAAGUCCUUGAGUCGAGGUAGUAAACUUAGGGAACAUGAGAGAACUCACACUGGGGAGAAACCAUAUAGCUGCCAUCUAUGUGGGAAAUCCUUCAGUCAACAUAAUACCCUUAAGCAACAUGAGAGAACUCACACUGGGGAGAAACCAUAUGCCUGCCAUCUAUGUGGGAAAUCCUUCAGUCGAUGUCGUAGCCUUAGGGAACAUGAGAGAACUCACACUGGGGAGAAACCAUAUGUCUGCCAUUUAUGUGGGAAAGCCUUCAUUCGAAGUUGUAAGCUUAGGGAACAUGAGAGAACUCACACUGGGAAGAAACCAUAUGUCUGCCAUUUAUGAGGGUAUCUUCAGUUAAUAUGGUGCCCUUAGGCAACUUGGGAGAACUCACAUUGGGAAGAAAUCAUAUGUCAACUUUGUGGGAAUGUCUUCACUGAUAGGAUGAUGCUCAGUCAACAUGAGAUAAUUGACACUGGGGAGAAAACAUGUCUGUCAUCUAUGUGGGAAAACCUUUAGACAUAAUUCUACCAUUAGGAAUAUCAGAGUACUCAUUAAAUAUGUUGUGCAUAUAGAAGAGUUUUCAGACACAGUUACCAACUUCAACAAUUAAAAACUCAAACAGGAAUGUAAAUCUCUGUCAAUAUAAUCAAUGUCUAAAUGCCUUUAUUUACAGUCUAUCCUCAAAUAACAUGAUUGCACUAUCCUGGGAGGAAAACUAUAUAAUUAAUUUUAAUAGAUGGUUACUGGCCUCCAGCCUUGGUGUAUACAAGCACAACUCAUUGUAGGAAUAACUCUAAGCCAGAAAACUGGAUAGGAAAGACAUUAUCACUAGGAGGAAACUCUAGGAGAACUCUAGGAGAUAAUUAUUGGUGGAAUAAUUACUCCAUGGAGAAAUGUGUGAAAUCCUUUACUUAUAGAGCCAUAUGUAGAAUAUAUAUUAAGUUUCACAUUUUAUAAAGUAUUUUCUGGUAUAUAUAGAGAAUGAGGAAAACUCUUGAUGGCUUAGAAAUUAUUCAUCAAUGUUUAAUUUCCAAUACUGAGGAAAUGUCACCCUAAAAUCAAAUAAAAAGCUGUUCAGCUGGGUCAGGGGGCUGAAAGAAGUGUUAUUUAGUUAGUCCCCUGGGACAAUUAAUAAACAACCAGGAACAACUAGUAAAUAAUUUUGAAUAACUGCUGGGGGACAACUGUGACUGUCCAUGCAUUGUACACCAACCUGGAUUGGUAGGAAUGCCUGAGACUGCAGCAUAAAUUCUGUAAGUAAAAACAUUGGAACCACACCAAGAGACCAUUCCUGCCCCCCAUGGCAGGCUGAGCUGGAAAACCUGGCUGUGGCAGAAAGCAGCACUCUGAUUAAGUGAAUAUAGCUCAAUUGAGCUCCAGCUUGGGUUUUAAUUAACAAAUAUGUACUUCUGAAUACAAGCUUCAAACUCCCAACAAUCAUACAGAGGCUUUUAGUGGUGACUAACCGUAAAGAACCAGAAAACACAUCUGUCCUGGGAGGGGGAGCCCAGAAGACCUGGUGUUACCUCUGGCUGACAAGUGAAACUGGGAGGAUGUACUGGCUCUAGAAGGGAUCUUUCUGUCCCUUUUUCUCUCUCUCAGCCUGAAGGGCUCAGUGGAGAAAGGCUCAGCCAUUUUCAGCUCACAGCUCUCUGACCAAGAUGGCAGAGGAGAAAAUUCAAAUUGCAUUUGAAUUAUUUGAAUUAAGUCAGAGACAAUUCAAUUAUUUGAAUUGAGUCAGAGAGACAAUUCAAAUGCAGAGGAUAACUCCCUAGCUGGCAUAUCUUCCCUAGGAGUAGGGAGGUGACCCCAGGUUUACCUUCAGAACCAGACUCUUAGAACCUGGGGGAAAAUAGCCAAAACAGUAACUAAAUGGGCCACACUUCCUUACACCAGGCUGGCAUGACAGGCUGACAGGUGCUACCUGCUGCACAGGUUAGGAAAAUCACAGUGGCUAAAGAACUCACAGGAAAGUGUCACUUUCUAAGACACACCUGCAGGGAGACUUGAAACUGGAUGUAGACCCACUCUGAGAUCUAGUCCUGUUCUGGUCUAGGACAAUCUGAUUGGGGUAACCAAGGAAACCACAUGCCUAGACAACAGAAAACUACAAUCUACACUAAGAAAAACAAAGAUACGGGCCAGUCAAAGGAACAAACAACACAUCAAUAAAGACAGCUGAGAUUUUUUCACUUUAAUGAAACAAUCUAUUAAGUAUUUUCAAAGAAAUAUGCUAAAUCAAAAACUAGAUCAAUGAUUUCAGGGAGGAUGUGGCAAAAGAGAUGAAGACUAUAAAGAAAACACUGGGGAAACAUAAGUUAGAAAUGAACAGUUUGAAAAAACUGGCAGAAUCUAUGGAAAUGAAAGGUACAACACAAGAAAUGAAAAACACAGUGGAGACCUACAGCAGAUCUCAAGAGGCAGAGAAAACACUCAGGAACUGGAGAACAAGAAACCUGAAAGCCUAUAUGCAAAGGAGCAGAUGGAAAAAAGAAUGGGAAAAUAUCAGCAACAUCUCAGUGAAUUGAACAACAAAAUGAAGCUCAUGAAUGUAUGUGUCAUGGGUGUCCCAGAAGGAGAAGAGAAGGGAAAAGGGGCAGAAGCAAUAGUAGAGUAAAUAAUCAAUGAAAAUUUCCCAUCUUUUAUGAAAGACAUAAAAUUACAGAUC